AUGGCACCCCAACGGAACUACUACGCCGACUUGGAGCUGCCCAUGACGGCAGAUGUCACGGAGAUCAAAAAGCAAUUUCGAAAGCUAGCUCUGAAAUAUCAUCCCGAUCGUAAUCCUGGCCGAGAACAAGAGGUCAACUCGCAGUUCCAAAUCAUCCAAGCCGCUCACGAAGUACUCAGCGAUCCCGAUGCCAAGGCCAAAUACGACGCCUCUUUCGCACGAUCUGCCGCCUCUAGAUAUCCUGCCUCUUCAGGCGUGAGAGGAAACCCGUGGCAAAAUGUUAGCCAGCAGUACCCUACUCCACCUCGACGUGGUCAGCCGCGAACAGCCACUUCAGGGCCACAGAAUGGAACAAGAGGUACUUCCGGGGCCCAGAGAUGGAACGAGAGAUUCUCAGCCGGUGUGCCUCCAACCGCCAAACAACAACCAGCGCCGGCCACGGCUGCACGAGCUUUUGAAAGCAUGCGGAAAGGCGGUGCUAAGAACGCACAGCAAGACCGCCCCGUCCCACCACCACCUCCACCACCACGAACUGAGAGCGCCAAAAAGAGAGCUGAGGCAUCUUUCGGGGCCAAGAAGGCCGGAUACUAUCCUCGGUCAAACACCCCUGGCGACGAGCCACCAGUGACCAACAACAACUACUACUCCUCCCGUAUGAACGCUGAGCGAGCAGCAGAACCAGUACCCGAUCCCCUGGCCCAGUUUAGAGAGAAAAGUCGCACCGAAGAAAGCUUCAUGGACCCUCCGCAGAGCUCCCCAUAUACCAAAGACGGGAGCGAAAAGUCCGACCCUUCUGACAGUAGUCCUAUCAACCGAGCGAAAAGUGCCAAGGUCCCAUCUCGCAAAGAACCGCGCUCAGAACCAGCGAGUCCACCAACGCCUAAGCGUCGUAGCCCUAGUAUGCCACGGAAAGAGUCGACAGGCGGAGCCCAAAGGAGCCAAUUCGAGACAGGAGCUGAUGAGAGACCCCGGGCUGUCCCUGUUCCUCCCAGUUCACGUCCGAACUCACGGCCCAGCUCAUCGUACAAAGUUCCAAGUGAGCCGGCAGCAGCACCAAAUGACAAUUCAUUCGCAGCCAAUCACUUGUCUAAUAUGUUCACUGUCAACGAAUUAAAUCAGACUCCCUCUAAUCACACGCCCUUCAAUAAACCUGCAACUCCAGUCAACGGAGUGAAAGACCCUUCAAUGUAUGCAAUACCUCAAAAAGACAAGCCAGGUGGCUCUUCAUUGCAUCACGGCAAGAAGUCCACUAAUCAACUAAAAAUGACUCCACCACCAAACCAACACAUUGCCGAAGUCGGCUCAAAGCCAAGGAUUGAAAUAUGUGUCCCUAGUGGAAUGCACGUUACAGUUCACAAUCUCUCUCCUUUUGAGCAGAAACAAAAUGCCAUUCUGAAACGCUUGAUCAAAAACCAAAGAGGCGCUAUCCUAGCACAAGCCAAUAAACCACCUCACCGCACCAUUAUCAAUCAUAAAAAAUCUUCUACAAAAGAAUCGAAUGCUAACAAUGGCCUACCAAGCAGCUUCAAUUUUAGUUUGGACGAUGAUACAUUCGUACCCGAUGCCCCAGGAACCGCCCAAUUUCGAAAAAGCACAAGCGUUGAUGGAAUCAACACCAAUUUUGUCAAGGAUAACACCUCAACUACUUGGCAAUUCAGUGCAGGAAGUGGAGAUAAUGACUCUCUUCCACAGAGCCGUUCUCGAUCAACCAACAAAGCUGAUCGUUGCUCCCCGAUCAGGCGUCGGCCAGUCGCCACGCCCAAGGCGCCCAACUUUGGAACUCAAUCUACCCAGAACUCAACCCGCUUUGACCCAGAGCAGUAUAAAUUUGAGCCGCAGAUGUUUGCCCCUCGGCCUGGUACUCCCAGCAAACCAGGCUCACCCACGCGGAAGACUGGGAAAAAGGUACCAAGAACACCUAUACCCAUGAGUAAAGACAGUACCGCUGCCAUGCCGGAAGAUAAUAGUAACGAUGACCACCCUGCUGGGAGAGGCCGCAACGCUCAACCCAAAGCUACAACGGUUGGCAGUCCGCAAGCAAUGGAUAUUGACUCGCCGCUAACUGCCUCUCCCUCCGCGACUCCUAUUUCUACUCCUCCUCCUCUUGUGCCAACUACUCCCUCUGUGACUUCUACUCCAAUUCCCGUCCCGGCUCCAAUUGUCCCACCACAUACCCACCAUCAGCAUCACUCCCCUGUUGCAAGGAAUAUUCAUGUUGAGCCAUCGCGGCCGGAAUGGCGACCUGGAAACGUCACUGGUCUUGGCCAAGCGCAGAGGCAGUCCGAGGAAAGGAAAGAAAUUCCGAUCAAUUUUAAGGGAUCCGAAGAUAGCGAAGAAUUCCGUGCAACAUUUGAAGAUUUCAAGAAUGUUGCGCCUUUUGCGCCACCGAAACCUGGCCUCAAGUCAUUUACUGAACUCAAGGACAAUCUACCUUUUGAGAGCCAGGCAUCAGCAGAGCUACACCUCAACAAUCCUUCUCAGCCUCAGCAACUUGAACUACCCGAUCCCCCACUUGCUCCUGGACUUCCAUUGAUAGUUGAAGGCGCGAAGCCAAGUGUUCCGGUGUGGACCAAAUAUCUUGAAGAAUUCGAAGGCUAUCUACGGCGCUGGGACAUUUUUAAUUCGCAAGUGGUGGACCAUUUUGCCACACGAAAGGCCAACAUAUCAAAUGCAAGGGUUUCUAAAGGCUACUCAUUCUUAGGGGUCCGAGGCGAUACCGACGUAUCUGAAUAUUACAACUGGGUUGAGCAGGACAAUGGAGUCCGCCGAAUAUGGCUCGCAGCUUGCGAGGAACACGAGACCCGAUUCAGAGAAUUCAUGGCGUUUAGAGAGAAGAUGAAAAUGCCGAUAUAA